AUGGACCAAUGGGAGCGCGAGGUGCAGCUGUACAUCGGCCUCAGGCAGCUGCCUGUCUUCCGCCAGCACCGGCUGUCCAAGGCGCUCUCAGGCUGGCGCCGCGCCGUCGGCGGCGCCAAGGCAGCCAAGGCGCGCGCGGCGCUCGCCGGCGGGGCCGCACUCGGCGGCGCGCAUGGCGGCGGUGGCGGGGGCGGCGGCGGUGGGAGCGCCGGGCUGUUCGCCCUUAGCCCUGCGUUCCAGGAGCCGCUGCGGCGUGUGUGGGGCCUAUGCUGCGACGUGGCAGCGCUGAGGCUGCACGCCCUCAAGGCUGGGCAGGUCUAUACCCUGCCAGAUUUCGUCGAGGCCCACACGGACCAAGCCGCGGCCUGCGCGCGCCGCCUCUCCGCCUUCCGCGCCGACGCGCUCGACAUCGCGCGCGGCGCCUGCGCCGCGUCGCUGGAGGCCCUCGAGCUGCAGCUGCGGUCGUUUGCGAUCAAGCAGAUCGGGUCGGCGGCGUCUGGGGACCCAUUGGCACAGGCGAUCGGGCUCGGCGCCCCGCAGGGCGCGGCCGGCGGGCGGGCGUCCGGCGGCCUGGCCAGCAUGGGGGAGAAGGACGUGCGGCUCGUGCUGGGCGGCCUGGGCGCGUCGAGUGGGCGGCGCGCGGCGGCGGCCCUGGCGGCGCUGGCCGGCGGGCGCGGGGGCGGGCGCAGCGGGGGCGGCGGUGGGGCGGACCGGUCGCAGCAGGAGUUUGCCUACACGAUGGCGGCAUCGCGCCGCGCCGAGCAGCGGCGCCUACUGUCCUUCGUCCGGCUGGUCGACACGAUGAUGUCAGACACGCUGCACAGCUGCCUCACAGCUUCCGUGUCGGAGGUGCUGCAGGCGACCCGGCCGCCAGCGCCGGGGCAGCUGCUGCAGCUGCAGCUCCUGCAGGGCGACCGCGCCCAAGGCGGCUCUGCGGCCGCGACGCCAAAGGCGGGGCUCGCGGCGCAGCGGUCGCUGCACCAGGGGCCCAGUGGGAAGCAGGCGGCGGUAGCGGCGGCGGCGACGCCGGGGUGGGCGCCGCUGUUUGCGGUGGAGGUGGUCAUGGAGGGGGAUGGCGAGGGGCUGGCGUUUGUGCCAGACCCCGUCGCAUUCAAGGCGCGCGCCGCUGAGGUGCUCGCUGGCUUCAAGGAGUGCGCCACAAGCAUCGAGCGCCUGUACUCUGAGGCGUCCCUGGUGCGCGGCGUGGUGGGCGCCAACGACGCCGACCUGGACGGGGAGCCGACCCCCCUGGCGGAGCUGGUGGCCUGCCAAGACUACGAGCAGCUGGUGGAGGAUGUUGCCGACUCGCUUGAGACCACCUUUGAGCGUGCGCUGCAGCACCUGUCCGGCUACCUGCCAUUCCGGGACAUGGUGCUGGCAGACAGGUCCCUGGACGUGGCCGGCCUCAGGGCCGCCUUCCUGCAGCACAGCGCCUCUGCGACGCUGGCGGCCGCCGAGGACGGCGCCCCGCAGGACGCUAGCAGCGCGUCCGCGCCGGCCGCCGCGCUGCCGGCGGAGCCCUCGCUCACAGCGCCGGCCGCUCAAGCCGCGGCUGGGCGCGAGGCGGCGGCGGGGGUUGCAAAGGACGGCGCUCCGGUCACGCUCGAGUCGUUCAGGCGCCUCCUGGUGAUGCUGGCCAAGCAGAAAAACGAGAUGGAGGCGCUCGCCGCCCACUGCGACGUCGGCUCCGUGCGCGUCGACGCCGGGCGCCUCAAGGCCGCGCUGCUGCCGUGGCCGGAGCUUCGGGCGGAGGAGCUGCGGCGCAUGCUGCCGCGGUUGGCGGGUGAACUGCUCCAUGCGUUCCUGGACCACGUCCACGGCGCGUCCAGCCGCAUGAGCGCUGCCUGCGGCGGCGUGGAGGACUAUGCGGCCAAGCUGAGCUUCCUGGGACGCCUGGUGGCGCAGGACAAGGCGCUCGAGGCUGCGGGUGCAGAAGUGCACGCUAUCUACUCACUGUUGGACGAGCACACUCUCACGGCGCCAGCCGAGGACAGGGCGGCGUAUGCGAGCCUUGAGGGCGCCCAGGCGUCGCUCAAGGCGCUGGCAGAGGAGGUGGAGGGCGGCCGCGACGCCGCUGUGGCGCAGUACAGUGCGGAGCUCGAUGCAGGGAUGGAGGCCGCGGCCCAGGAGGUGGCGAUGCUGCGCGAUGCGUGCCACGCAGAGAUGCUGCUCUCACCGGAUACGCCGCCAGCGGCCGCGCUGGACGAGCUGGCGGCGCUGGACACCGGCCUGGGGCGGGCCAAGGCCGAGGUCUCACGCAUCAACUCAUACCAAGCCAUGUUCAAGCUGCCCCAGGGCGGCGUGGAGGACCUGGCUGCGACCGCCAAAGAAGUGGCGCUCAAGACGGCGCUCUGGAACGGCAGGGAGGAGUUUGCGUCGCUGUCGUCAGAGUGGCGGGGGCGGAGGUUUGAGGAGCUCGACGUCCCGGUGAUGGAGGAGGCCAUGGCCAGGUUCCACAAGUCUGUGGCCAAAAUGGAGCGCAGCCUGCCGCCCAACAAGCUGGUGCCCGCCCUCAGGGCGGAUGUGGAUGAGUUCAGGUCCCUGCUGCCUGUCAUCUCUGCACUGCGCAACCCGGCACUGAAAGAGCGCCAUUGGGCAGCCGCGGUGGCGGCGGUCGAGGCUGCAGGCGGGGUCCGGCUGGAGAUGACGCCCGGCGACGAGGCCUUCACCCUCCAGGUGCUGAUCGACUCUCGGGUGCUGGAGGCAAAGGAGGCCGUCGUCGCCAUCAGCACAGAGGCGUCGCAGGAGUCGGCGCUUGAGGAGAUGCUGGCCAAGGUCGUGGCGCGCUGGGGCGGCAUCGAGUUUGUGGUGGUGCCCUACAAAGAGUCCAAGGACGUCUUCAUACUGGGGGCCAUAGACGACAUACAGGCCGCGUUGGAGGACAGUCUGGUGGCGAUGUCCACCAUCCUGGCCAGCCGCUACGUUGGGGGCAUACGGUCUGAGGUGGAACGCGUGGAACGGCAGCUCUCCACCUUCUCAGACACCCUCGACCAGUGGGUGCAGGUCCAGAAGAGCUGGAUGUACCUGGAGCCCAUCUUCAGCGCCCCCGAUAUACAGAAGCAGCUGCCUGCCGAGUCAAAGGCGUUUGACCUCGUCCACCGGCAGCUCAAGGACGUCAUGCGCCGCACCAAGGACCGCCCCAACGCGUUGCAGACCGCUGGCAACCCCAGCCUCCUGGAGUCCCUUCAGAAGAGCUUUGAGACGCUGGAGGCCAUCAGCAAGAGCCUCGAGGAAUACCUGGAGACAAAGAGAGUCGCGUUCCCCAGGUUUUACUUCCUGUCAAACGACGAGCUCCUGGAGAUCUUGGCCCAGGCCAAGAACGUGCAGGCCGUCCAGCCGCACAUUGGCAAGUGCUUCGACGGCAUCCGGCGGCUCGAGUUUGGAGAGGACCCCAAGAGCACCGACAUAUUUGCUAUUCUCAGUGGCGAGGGCGAGCGCGUCAGCCUGGGCAAGAGCGCCGUCAAGGCGCGCGGCAACGUGGAGAAUUGGCUGGGCCAGGUGGAGUCCGCCAUGGUCGCCUCCCUGCGGCGCCUGGCAAAGGCGGCGGUGGCGUCGUAUCCGGAGGCCGCGCGCGCGGAAUGGGUGCAGGCGCCGCAGUGCCCGUCGCAGCUGGUCAUUGCAAUUAGCCAGGCAUAUUGGUGCGCUGCUGUGGAGGAGCAGCUGGACGGGGACGCCGCCGCCCAGGGCCUGGCAGAGUUCUACCAGGUCAAUGUGCAGCAGCUGGGCGAGCUGACGCGGCUGGUUAGGGGGGACCUGUCUAGCCUGGCACGCAGGAGCCUGGCUGCUCUCAUCACAAUAGACGUCCACGCACGUGACAUUGUGGGUCAGCUGCAGGCCAAGGGCGCGUCCAGUACCUCUGAUUUUGAGUGGCAGAUGCAGCUGAGGUACUACUGGGAGGGUGACGACCUGGUGGUGCGGCAGGUCAACGCCUCGUUUGCCUACGCCUACGAGUACCUGGGGGCCCAGCCGCGCCUGGUGGUGACGCCCAUGACGGACCGCUGCUACCUCACCCUCACGGGGGCGCUGCACCUGAAGCUAGGCGGCGCGCCGGCCGGCCCAGCGGGCACCGGCAAGACCGAGACCACGAAGGACCUUGGAAAGGCACUGGGUGUGAACUGUGUGGUGUUCAACUGCGGCGAGAACCUGGACUACAAGUUCAUGGGGAAGUUUUUCGCUGGCCUGGCGCAGUGCGGCGCUUGGGCGUGCUUCGAUGAAUUCAACCGCAUCAACAUUGAGGUGCUGUCGGUCGUGGCGCAGCAGCUGCUGACCAUCCAGAACGCCCUCAAGGCCGGCCUCGACAAGUUCUGGUUUGAGGGCCGCCCCAUCCGCCUGGUUCCCACGUGCGGUGUGUUCAUCACCAUGAACCCCGGCUAUGCGGGGCGCACCGAGCUGCCGGACAACCUCAAGGCGCUGUUCCGGCCCAUGGCGAUGAUGAUCCCAGAUUACGCCCUGGUGGCUGAGGUGAUGCUGUUCAGCGAGGGUUUCGAGGACAGCCGCGCCCUGAGCCGCAAGAUGGUCAAGCUCUACAAGCUAGCCAGCGAGCAGCUCAGCCAGCAGGAUCACUAUGACUUUGGCAUGCGCGCCGUCAAGAGCGUGCUCGUGAUGGCGGGGGCGCUCAAGAGGGCCAACCCGCAGCUGCCAGAGGACGUGGUGCUCAUCAGGGCCAUGCGAGACUCCAACCUGCCAAAGUUUCUGGCUCAUGAUGUCAAGCUGUUCUGCAACAUCAUCGGGGACCUGUUCCCGGGGCUGGAAGUGCCCGACCAGGAUCAUGGGGACCUGGAGGGGGCCAUCCGCGCAGCUCUAGCAGCGUCUGGCCUGCAACAGCCGGCUGCAUUUGUCAACAAAGUGGUGCAGCUUUAUGACACCUUUGACGUGCGGUUCGGAGUCAUGCUGGUGGGCCCCACCGGCGGCGGCAAGACAGAGUGCUACCGCGCGCUGCAGGCGGCCCUUACCGGGCUCCGCAAAGCGGGUCAUCCCAAUGACAAGUACCAGACCAUCCGAGCACACGUGCUCAACCCCAAGUGCAUCAAGAUGGGGGAGCUGUACGGGGAGUACAAUCUGCUGACCAACGAGUGGACGGACGGCCUGGCGAGCGCGCUGAUCCGUGGUGCGGUGGCAGACACGACGCCUGACAAGAAGUGGGUCGUAUUUGACGGCCCAGUGGAUGCCAUCUGGAUUGAGAGCAUGAAUACAGUGCUCGACGACAACUGCACCCUCUGCUUGCCAAACGGCGAGCGCAUCAAGCUCAACCCGUCUUCCAUGCGUAUGCUGUUCGAGGUCGCUGAUCUGGCGGUCGCAUCCCCGGCCACAGUGUCGCGCUGCGGCAUGGUGUACGUGUCGCCAGGGGAGCUGGGGUGGCGACCCUUCAUUCAAAGCUGGGCUGCGGAGGGCGGGAAGCUGGCGGCGUCGGCGCCGCAGCUGUCUGCAGAGCAGCGCGCCGCGGUGGUCGCGCUGUUUGAGGGCCACGUUGAUGCGGGCCUGGCGUGGGUAAGGCGGCACGGCAGGGAGCAGAUUGCGUCGGUUGACAACAACCUCGUGGCCAGCCUGGCUGCCAUGGUUCAGUCUUUGCUGGACCCCUGCCGAGGCCUCGCCCUUCACGCCAUUGAGGGGGCCGCGUUUUCGUCGGCCCUUGGCGCCCUCUUUGCGUUCGCCUUCGUCUGGGCCAUCGGCGGCAACCUGGCCGCGCCCUGCCGCGAGGCGUUCGACGAGUUUGCCAGGGAGGAGCUGGCACCCAUCGUCACGUUCCCGGGUGCGCAUCUCAGCAGCCUGGACAGGGACAGCGGCGGCAAAGUGUUCAUCUCAAAGGGCGGCCCCAAUGAGCCGACAACCUGCGACCUCCGGCGCUGGUCUGAGAGCGUCCCGACCUUCGUGUACCGCCGGGACCAGCCCUUUUUCCAGAUGCUGGUGCCAACAGUGGACACUGUGCGCUAUGCGGCCCUCAUGGACCUCUGCCUGGGGGUCGACCGCUCUGUCCUGCUCACCGGCAGCACCGGAGUCGGCAAGUCUGUCAUGGCCCAGGCCGCACUCGCCGCGCUCAGCGGCGCCCCCGCGCCGGCGCCGGCGAAGGGGGCGGCCGGCGCGAGCAGGGGGGCCUGGGGCGCGGCGGCGGCGCGCGGCUCGGCGCGGGACGUGGUGGCGCACACGGUCGUUUUCAGCGCGCAGACGGGCAGCCUGGAGACGCAGCUGCUCAUGGAGUCGAAGCUGGAGAAGAAGCGGAAGAACAGGUACGGCGCCCCUGCCGGGCGGCGCGCAGUGUUUUUCGUUGAUGACGUCAACAUGCCGGCCAGGGAGGCGUUCGGGGCCCAGCCGCCGAUUGAGCUGCUGCGACAGCUGCAGGACUUCAAGGGCUUCUACGACAGGAAGGGCCUGUUCUGGAAGGAGGUGGAGGACACGGUGCUCUGCGCCGCCUGCGCCCCGCCUGGCGGCGGCCGCCAGGAGGUCACUGCGAGGUUCCUGCGCCAUUUCACCAUGCUGGCGGUCCCCCCGCCCUCCGACGCUGCCACCAAGACCAUUUUGACCGCCAUCCUGGGCGGCUUCCUGUCGGACUUUGGCGCCGACAUCAAGGCCCUGUGUGGGCCCCUGGUCAACGCGAGCGUCGAGGCUUACAACAGGAUCUCGGAGGAGCUCCUGCCAACCCCGGCCAAGAGCCACUACACCUUCAACAUGCGAGACUUGUCGAAGGUGGUGCAGGGCCUGCUGCUGGCCAGCCCCCGCGCCCUGUCGUCGCGCGACCAGCUGGCGCGCCUGUGGCUGCACGAGUCCUGCCGCGUGUUCCACGACCGGCUGACCUGUGAGGGUGACCGAAGGCAGUUCAAGACCAUGCUGGUGCGUGGCAGUUAA